AACUCCUUUCUGUUCCUGCUGUCAGCCCUGGGAGACUUGGUACAUGUUGCAGGACUUGACAUCUGCUCACUGCUCCUGCUCUGGGUCAGAGGGGUAAGAGGUCCUGUUCUGCUCUGUGUGCUUCAGGGAGGAGGGCCUUGCUGUGAGGAUCUCUACCAGGUCACAGGAGCAGACGCAUCCUGUCAGCAAAGGGAGCAGGCGGGAUCUGCCGGAAUCAAGGCGAGGAACUUGGAUGAGCUCUGAAGGCAUCUGAGUCUUCAUCAUCAGAUUCUUGCUGUCCUAAGAAACAUCGGAACAUCUUCAUGGUCAGAGAAGACAGCACAGCAAGCUAGAGGGAGGCCAUCCUGAUCAACGAGAGACCUGGGGCCUGGUGGAGGUACACAUUCUCAAACCUGAGGGAGAGCAAGUAACAAUCACUGCUUCCUCAGCCUCCUCUUCCUGCUAUACUCCAGUCUGGACUACAUCAAGAGAAACGCCUCAGGGUGAUCUUGUCUCUAGAAUACGUAGGGUGUCUUUUCUCCCCCUACUACCAUGGCCUCACGUCACAUGUGCCAAUUCAAUGAGGGCUACAGUAGGCAAGAAGAUGAGGAUCUGUGCAGCUCAGAGAAUGUUCUAGUCCGUCAGAUCUUGCGACUUGUGUUCCUAGAUGAAAAGAUAGCUAAAUUGUUGCCAAUCCUGCUCCUCAAGUACCAAAAGAAAGAGCCAAUCACCAGGGCAGAAAUGCUGCACAUUGUCGAUGAGGAUUACCAUGUAUACUUCCCUCUGAUUGUCAGUCUAGUCUGUGAGUGCAUGUGUCUGGGCUUUGGGAUUGAUGUGCAGGAAGUGGAUCCUUCUGGCCACACAUAUGUCCUUAUUCCUCUUUUGGGGCUUACUUAUAAUGGGAUACUGGGCAAUGACCAGAUCAUCCCUAAAAUCAAUCUUCUAAUAGUCAUCCUUACUAUUAUCUUCAUGAAGGAUAACUGUGCCAGUGAGGAAGACAUAAGGAAAGUACUGAGAACGAGGGAAAAGUUACCUCAGAGUAAACAUAUUGUUAUUGGGGAGCCUUGGAAAUUCAUCACGCAGGAUUUGGUACGGGAAAAGUACCUGGUGUAUCGGCAAGUGCGCAAUAGUUAUUCUGCUCGCUAUGAGUUCCUGUGGGGUCCAAGGGCCAAGGCUGAAACUACCAAGAUGAAAGUUUUGGAGCACUUGGCAAAAGUCAAUAGGAGAGAUCCCAGGUCCUACACACGUCUGUAUGAGAAGGCUUUGAGAGAGGACCUACAGGAUGCCAUGCUUGAGCAGGACCGCCUUGCUGUGAGGAUCUUCACCAGGUCGCAGGCAGAGACACGUCCUGUCAGCAAAGGGAGCAGGCGGGAUCUGCUGGGAAUCAAGGUGAGGAACUUGGUGAUUUCCAGAGCCUGGAUUCUGAACCUUGGAGUAGCUGAGCGGUUAUGGCUCACCACUCUGUUUUCCAGCAUUGAAGGUUUGAAGCUAUGUCAUGCCCAGAAGCAAAGGGACCCCACAGAGCCUGGCUUCUACCCUGUUAUCAGCCUGGAGAUCUUGGUGAGGGUGGCUGUGUAUAAAGAGAUCGCCAUUCUACUGAGUGGUUGCAGGUGGGAGGACUUGCAGAGACCUCAGCUUGCCAUCAUUCCAGGUAGCCUGGGCUUGGCUGUCAGGUCACUGGUCUCAGUGAGGUCAAGGCCUUGGUACAAGCGUGCUAAAAACAUGAAAGCAGAAUUAGGAACACAGGGUCUAGGCAGUGUCCUCCGGUCACACAAGAGAGGAGGCUCAGGAGUCAAGAUCAUCAUGAUGCCUCAUGGUCAGAGGAGUCAAGACAGUAACCUGGAGGGAGACUAUUCUACCCAGAGUGGUGCACAGGUCUUCGUUGAUGUGCAAGGUCUCGAAGAGACAGUGGAGGAGGAAACAGCAGCCACUGCUUCCUCUGCAUCCUGUCCCUCUUAUAAUGUAAUCAGAACAACACCAAGAGAAGCACCUGGGCUUGGAACACUGAGUUGUCUUCAGAAUUCUCAAGGCAUCUCCUGUCCCCCUAGUGCCACAGUUUCCAGUCAAAAAAAUCAAUGCAGUGAGGGUUCCAGUAGACAAGAAAAGCGGGGUUCAAGACCCUUAUGGGACAUGGACGUUCCUCGGUUCCUACGCAAUGUGCUCCUAAAUGAUAAGUUGCGUAAGUUGGUGUCCUUUCUGCUCUGUAAGUAUCAAAAGAAAGAACAGACCACCCUGGAAGAAAUGCUUCAUGUUGUAGAUGAUGAUUACCGUGAGCACCUCCUUCUGACCUUCAGGGAACUCUGUGAGUCCAUAUGUCUGGGCUUUGGUAUUGAGGUUAAGGAAGUGGAUCCCCCUGGACAUACAUAUGUCCUUGUCCCUGUUUUAGGCCUCACUUACAAUGGCAUACUGGAUGAUGAUGACCAGAUCAUUGCCAAAUUCGACCUCUUGAUAUAUACCCUGACUGCAGUCUUCAUGAGGGGCAACCAAGUCAGUGAGAAGGUACUAAAGAAACAAGUGAUAAAAUGGGGGAUGUUAGCUCUGAGGGAGCACAUUGUUAUUGGGGAGCCCUGGAAGUUCAUCACAGAGGAUUUGGUGCGGGAAGAGUACCUGGUAUACCAGCGGGUUCCUAAUAGUGAUCCCGCUCGCUAUGAGUUCCUAUGGGGUCCAAGAGCCCAUGCUGAAACCACCCAGAUGAAACUCCUAGAGCAUGUGGCCCAGCUCAAUAGGGCAGAUCCCAGGUCUUACCCACAAUUAUAUAACCAAGCUUUGAGAGAAGAAAAUGGUAUGUUCAGGGCCCAUGAGGGGCAAAAUGUGUGACAGGGACAGGGAGUGUUCCACAACAACUUCACUGGCUUAGCCCGCACCUUGUGUGAAAUGAGCCUCAUUUUCAGUCUGUUUAUAGAGAGCAGGCAGUUUUCUAAGUAGUGA